AUGAUGGAGAUCUUCAUCAAGGCAGAAAAUUACCAGGUUUGGCGUGUUAUUGAAUCUGGUGAUUUUGAAAUAACCUCAACAAAUGAAAAGAACGAGGUAGCUCCUAAACUUAUAUCUGAUUAUGAUAAAGAAGAUUAUCAGAAAGUUGAAUUGAAUUCUUUAGCCAUAAAGUAUUUACAUUGUGGACUUGGACCCCAUGAACAUAAUCGUAUCAUGGGAUGCAAGUCUGCUAAACAGAUUUGGGAUCUACUGGAGGCAACUCAUGAAGGUACUAAUGAGGUAAAAUGUUCUAAGAUUGACUUAUUGAUGUCUAGAUAUGAAAGGUUUGAAAUGCAAUCUAAGGAAUCUAUAGAGGAAAUGUUUACUAGGUUCAAUGAUAUUAUUAAUGAGUUGAAUUCCCUUGGCAGACACAUUCCUAUUGAUGAACAGGCAAGGAAGAUCUUAAGGAGCCUACCACAGGAUGAAUGCUGGAGAUCCAAGGUCACUGCCGUGAAGGAAGCUAAGGACUUCACCAAGUUCAACAUGGAACAAUUAGCUGGAUCAUUGAUGACUCAUGAACUUCAUCUGAGUUCCAAUACUAAAAGUUCCAAGAACAAGAGUCUUGAACUUAAGGCUCAAGACUCAGAGGAAUCAUAUUUUGAUGAGGAUGAGAUGGCAAUGCUUGUAAGAAGGUUUAAAAAGAUGAUGAACAACAGGAAGUUCGAUAGGAACAAGAAGUAUACAAGUUCUAAAAACAUAACUUGUUUCAAGUGUGGUUCUAAAAAUCAUUUCAUUAAGGAUUGUCCAGUACAGGAUGCUGAUAAAGGAAAGACUAAAGGCAAGGAGCAAUCCAAGGAGUUAAGAGUCUACAAGCCUUACUUCACGAAGGAUAAUGUGAAGAAAGCUAUGCUAGCUGCCUGGGGAGAUUCAGAUUCAGAGGAAGAAGAGGACCAACCAUCGGAGGAAACUGCCCAUCUAUGUUUGAUGGAAAAAACAGAUGAAAAGGCAAAACUGAAGGAACUGGAAUCUGAGGUAUGGUUUUCUCAAAAAGAUUUAAAACAUUUCUCUAGAGAUAAUUUGAUAUGUGCUAUGUUGGAUAUGCAAGAAGAAUUAAAGGAUUUAUAUAAAGCCAAACAGCUAAGUGAUGAAGCUUUAAAAACUUACAAAGAGAACAAUGAGUGGAUUGACAACAUGAAGUUUGACAUUCAAUAUAGGUUUUUUAGUCUGUUUGAUGAUAAUAAAAUUCUAAAAGAGACUAUUGAUAGGUUGAAACAUGAUAAUAUAAUGUUGAAUGUGGAACUUUCUUUAAUGAAACUUUGUCUUGAUACUCCUAAUUCUGAAGUUCCUCCACUUGCACAAUAUCCGAAUUUUGAAAAACUAAAAUCUGAUUUGGAAGAUCUAAGAUCGGAUAAAGCACGACUUGAGAGGGAACUUGAGAAAGCUAGGAAAGGCAAACAACCUAUAGAAUACAGAGUUCAAAAUUGGAUCACUAAAGCUCAAACCAAAAGAACAAAAGGAUUGGGUUUCAAAAAGAAAUUCCAAAAGGAAAAGAAGUAUGUUGACCUACUUAGUAGUAUUGUUUGCUAUUUCUGUGGAAAUACAGGACAUAAACAGGUUAAGUGUCCUAAUAAAGAAAAGAGUUCCAAUGCCUACUAUGGGGGAACUGUGACCUUUGGUGACAACAAGAAAGGAGAUAUAGCUGCUAUUGGCAAAGUAGGAAGAAUCAUUCACAAUGACACUGGGAACAUUAUUUUAGAAGGAACUCGUAAAGGGAACACACAUGUUUUUGAUCUUAACGAGGUUCUUAACAGCAGUUUAACGUGUCUUAGUGUUAUUGAGGAUGGUCCUCUAUUAUGGCACAAGAUAUUUGGCCAUGCAAGCUUUACUUUACUUGAUAAGAUUAGAUCUAAGGAACUAGUGGAAGAACUUCCUUGCAUUAAGUUCCUAAAAGAUGAAACAUUUGAUGAAUUUGUAGCCUUUGUAAAGAAAGAACAGAGAAGAGCAGGUAAUCCAUUGAUUCACCUUAGAUCAGAUCAUGGAACUAAAUUUGAAAACUCAAAAUUUGAUGAGUUUUGCACUGAGCAUGGAAUGGAUCACAACUUCUUUGCACCAAGGACUCCAAAACAGAAUGGAGUGGUGGAACGCAAGAAUAGAAGCCUUGAAGACAUGGACUGA